AUGACUCACUUAACGAGUUACGCACUAUUUUUAACAAACUGUAUAACUGUCCUAACUAUUCAAUGCGUAACACUAUCUAUUUUCAAGAAGUUGGGUCUUGGGAAGGUGAAUCCUACAACCCUUACUUUUCAACUUGUUGAUCGCUCUUUCGUACAUCUACCUGGAGUAAUAGAGGAUCUCUUAGUCAAGGUGGAUAAGUUUUUAUUUCCUACUGAUUUUUUGAUAUUGGAUAUGGAGGAGGACCAUGAGAUUCCAUUGAUUCUUAGUUGCCUUUUCUUAGCAACUGGUGGAGCACUUAUUGAUGUACAAGCAGGUCAUGCAACCUUGCAAGUUAAUGAAGAAGAUGUUCAAUUUGAUAUUUACAAUAGUGAGAAUUGGCUAGUAGCUGUGAAUACUUGCAAGAGGGUUGACACACUAAUCACUUUACCCUUUAGUGAGUGA